AUGGGCAAGGAUUUCCUCAAAAGAGUCUCGGACCUUGAGUCCAGACUCACCUCCAUCAGAGAGGACUCCGACACCUGUUCAUCCAGCGCCCAGAACAAUCACUUUGACGCUCAAAGAAACCUCGCUCGCGCCACUGGGCGCGCCAUGUCGGCGCUGAAGGCCCUCAUUCAACACCCGGGCAGCUCUCAUUCCUCUUCAUUGGCCGACUUUCUCCUUGAAGACAUGAAGUCGGCUUGGCUCAGCGUGUAUUCCUGUGGCGAGGCUUGCUCCAGCUGUGCUAGAGAGCAUCGAGACUCGCUACUCUCCCAUGGAGAUGACUUGAAAAAGUGGUCAAAGGAAGCGAAGCUCGUCGAAGCAGAGCUUCAUCUGAGUCUUCGCACGGUCCAGAAUGAAGUCGCAUCCGAGACAACAUCUCUUCAGCGCUAUCACGAAGAGCUGGAAGUUGCCAAAAAUGCCGUAGACGAGGCCGACAGAGACAACAUGGAGGUGAAGCGCAAGUACUUUGAAGUCCACGAGUGGACAUCAUCUUUUCCAACCACUUGGGAUUUUGAACAGAAGCUCCAGAUAGCUAUGCAAGCCCGCGAGAGAAACCUCAAACGAGCCGAGGCGAACCUCGAGAAGAGUAGGAUGAGAGUCAACAAGGCGGAGACCAAACUAGACGGCCACAAGUCACGCGUCGAAACGCUCAGCACCCUGGCUCAGAAGGUGGCCAGGAUUCAGGCCAAGGGGCAUGCCCUUUCACACCGCUACAAGGCGAUUGCCGAAGACGCUACGGUUGUUUCGAGCGCUAUGAACUCCCUCAAGGUGUCAUACAGAGAAGCCGUUGGUCUUGCCAACAUGGUGAGCAUCAGCAUGCACAAGGUGGAGAGCGCCAAGUACAUCCUGGGAAUCAUCGAUGCGGCACUGGACGACAGCACCCUUGUAAACGAACUCGCUGAACUCAUCCACUACAUGGAGUACCGCUACGACUCAUCUUGCAUAGUUCACACCAUCGUGUCCCCGGACCACCCUUACGGCAUUCUCAGCGGAGUGCAAAAGAAGCUGCGAAGCAAGCAACUCCAGUUCGUACCGCCCCGCGGCUUCGACAUGUACUCGCUUAGAGACAUGAACACCAAGUCUCUGGCCGCUAUGCAUGUCGAUAUGAUGCGUUCCAUCCUUUUCACUCUUGACAGAGACGAGCAUAGGCUCGUACGUGUCAGUCCCUGUAGGAUUGGCCGAGGUGAACUGACCGACAUGCUCCGCCACAACAUCCGCAUGACGUGGGGUGAUACACUUGAGGGAGACUACUAG